AUGAAUCUAAUGAGACCCCUUUUUGUACAGAAGCUCACUGCUAUGCAGUUAAAAAAGCUGGGAACAACACCCAUGCGUUUUAUGUCCACGCGUCCUUUUUACAAGCCUAUGGGCGUUCCAACGAUGCUGUUACCUAGAAUAGCAGGUUUUGCUGGUUUAACGGCUUUGGCGUUGUCCCUGCAACAUUUUUCGAGCAACAACGCCAUCAGAAAUGAUACGAUCUUGGAUGUCAAGCAACGGCACCAAACACUUCCCGAUGAAGUGGGAGUUCCUGUGAGGACCGUGGAGUCCAAAGUUCGCAAGCUGAACUAUCGUCAGCUCUGCUUAGGCUCCAUAAUAGGACUUGUUGCAGGUGUUGUGGUAGGUAAGAUCUCUACGGUUUUGGUGUUUUUAACAGCGUUUGGGUUACUCAGUGUCCAAUGGCUCGAAAAUAGAGGGCUCGUAGACAAAAGAUCGACGUGGGGGCUUUCCAAAUACGUGUUGAGAACGGGUAAAGAGUCCGUGGAUCUCAACACGUUAAUCUGGGAAAAACCUAAUUUUAAGAUCCCAUUUCUGUUGACAUUUGUCUUGGCAGCUGUGAAUAUAUAA